UCUCAUUAUGGGUUUGAUUUGCAUUUUCUAAUGGUUAGUGAUGCUGAGCAUCUUUUCAUGGGAGGGUAUUUUAAUUAUGGGUUUUUCAUGGCCUUGUACGUUGUGAAAAUUCUGACUACAUACCCUAGUUAAUUGUGGUCUCUUAUGGUUAGGGAUUUCCUAACUGUCUUGGUUUAUUCGGGCUGCUUUAUUGAAGUUCAUAGACUGAGAAGCUUUUAAACCUCACAUUUCUCAGAAUUCUGGAAGCUGGGAAGUUAGAUCAAGAUGUCCAGAUUCAGUAUCUGGUAAGGUCCCACUUUUUCACAAAUGGUACCUUCUGGCUGUCUCGUCAAGGAAUGGAAGGGGCAGACAAUCUCCCUUGGGCCUCUUUGAUAAGGGCACCAAUCCCAUUCAUGAGAGCUGUGCUCUCGUGAUCUACUCAGCUCCCACAGGCCCCACCUGUUAAUACCAUCCAUAUCUUGGGGUUAGGAUUUCACCAUAUAAAUUUGGGAACAUUCAGACCGUAGCACUGACCAUGGGGUGAAUAUACUUUAUUUGUCUUUAGUUCAAGUCAAAAAGCCAGAACCAAGCGUAAGACAUCAGAAUUAUCCCCAGUGCGUCUUCAGUGAGUUUUUUGUUUUGUUUUGUUUUUCCCUAGUUCACCCAGUCAGAGUGUUGCCCUUCAGCUUGUCUGGUUUUCAGUCUGACUUCUCAUUUUGCUGGGGCCUUGAGGUUAACCUAAUAAUAGUCAUACAGUACCGAGAAAGAAAUGCCAUCUUUGGAAUUUCAUUUAGCCCUCCGGGUUCCCACUUUCUAGUUGUUAAUCGCUUCAAGAGGUUUCAGCCAUGCACUUAUAAAAUUUUUUAAAAUUCAUAAUGGGCACAUUUAGUGUUCUGAUCUAGAGUUUUUCAAGUUGUCAAGUUUUAACUACAUUGCCAAAGCAGGAAACCUUGUUUUGUUCUUCUUCUGUUAAAAGGCAGGUAUCAGUGAGUUUAAGGGAGAGUCUACCAGUCUGCAUACAGUUCUCGUGAAGAAGGCAAGCAAACUAUUUAUAGGUACUUAUUUCUAGAAUCAGUGAUCAAAGAUGAGAUUUAGGGCUGAUUUUAUAUAUUAAUACAUAUUCAUGUGCCCUCCAUUUUUAUUAUAGCUUUCUAAUCUGAGCUUCUUUGUGUAGCAAACACAUGUAUGGAUGACUAUGAAUUAGUAAAAACAGAUUUUAAUGCCUUUUUCUCUUUGGAGGAAAUCAGAUGUUUACAAAAAAUAGACAAAGGCAAGCCAAUUAAAACAAAAUCUAGAAUAAUCAAAGAGCUUGGGAAAUGCUCACAUUUGUUUUAUAUUGAAUAGCUCUAUUAAUGAAUACUUAUUGCAGUUUGUUUUUAUUUCAGCUUUGGCUAGAUCAGAGUCUAAGAGAGAUGGAGGUUUUAAAAAUAAUUGGAGCUUUGAUCAUGAAGAAGAAAGUGAAGGAGAUACAGAUAAAGAGCAUUCUGUUCAGGCAGCAGUUUGAAAAGCCACCAUUUAUCAUGAUGGGACAAAUCUGCUCAGUGUGGAUGAAGAUGAGGAUUCUGAAACCUCAAAAGGAAAAAAAGUUAAAUCGUCGAUCUGAAAUUGUUGCUAAUAGUUCUGGUGAAUUCAUCUUGAAGACAUAUGUAAGACGAAACAAGUCUGAAAGUUUUAAAACUUUGAAAGGCAACCCAAUUGGACUUAACAUGUUGAGCAACAAUAAGAAAUUGAGUGAAAAUACGCAAAAUACGUCAUUAUGUUCUGGAACUGUAGUUCAUGGUAGACGUUUUCAUCAUGCUCAUGCACAGAUACCAGUAGUAAAAACAGCAGCCCAAAGUCUGGACCGAAAAGAAAGGAAAGAAUACCCACCUCAUGUCCAAAAAGUUGAAAUUAAUCCUGUAAGGUUAAGUCGGCUCCAAGGUGUUGAACGUAUAAUGAAGAAAACAGAAGAGUCCGAAUCACAAGUGGAGCCUGAAAUUAAGAGGAAAGUACAACAGAAACGGCACUGUAGUACCUAUCAGCCUACUUCUCCUCUAUCUCCUGCUUCAAAAAAAUGUUUAACCCAUUUGGAGGAUUUGCAAAGAAAUUGCAGACAAGCUAUUACUUUGAAUGAGUCUGCUGGACCAUUAUUAAGAACGUCAAUUCAUCAGAAUUCUGGAGGACAGAAGUCACAAAACACAGGAUUAACAACCAAGAAGUUUUAUGGCAACAGUAUGGAAAAGAUUCCAAUUGAUAUUAUUGUGAAUUGUGAUGAGAGUAAACACACUUAUUUACAGACUAAUGGAAAAGUCAUUUUACCUGGGGCAAAAAUACCCAAAAUCACAAACUUGAAAGAAAGGAAAACAAGUUUGUCAGACCUAAAUGAUCCAAUCAUUUUGUCCAGUGAUGAUGAUGAUGACAACGACAGAACUAACAGAAGAGAGAGCAUAUCUCCUCAGCCUGCUGAUUCAGCAUGUUCUUCCCCUGCACCAUCCACUGGAAAAGUAGAAGCAGCACUAAAUGAAAAUACUUGCAGAGUAGAGCGUGAACUACGAAGCAUUCCAGAAGACUCAGAGUUAAGUACAGUUACGUUGCCAAGAAAAGCAAGAAUGAAAGACCAGUUUGGCAAUUCUAUUAUCAACACACCUCUAAAACGUCGUAAAGUGUUUUCUCCAGAAACUUUAGUUGAUCCUUUAACUUUAAGCUGCCAAAGUUCCUUUGACAGUGUCAUUUUAAACUGUCGAAGUAUACGAGUAGGAACACUCUUCCGGCUGUUAACAGAGCCUGUAAUUUUUUGUUUAGAUUUUAUCAAGAUACAGCUAGACGAACCAGACCGUGAUCCUGUAGAGAUUAUUUUAAAUACCUCUGAUCUAACUAAAUGUGAAUGGUGUAAUGUCCGAAAAUUACCCGUAGUGUUUCUUCAGGCAAUUCCAGCAGUUUAUCAAAAGCUGAGCAUGCAACUGCAAAUGAAUAAGGAGGAUAAAGUUUGGAAUGAUUGUAAAGGAAUAAAUAAAUUAACAAAUUUGGAAGAACAAUAUAUAAUUUUAAUUUUUCAAAAUGGCCUUGAUCCUCAGGCAAAUAUGGUAUUUGAAAGUAUCAUUAAUGAAAUUGGUAUAAAGAAUAACAUUUCCAGUUUUUUUGCGAAAAUUCCCUUUGAAGAAGCUAAUGGCAGACUUGUUGCCUGUACACGAACCUAUGAAGAGAACAUCAAAGGAAGUUGUGGGCAAAAGGAAAACAAAAUUAAAACUGUAUCAUUUGAAUCUAAAAUACAGCUUAGAAGCAAACAAGAAUUUCAGUUUUUUGAUGAAGAAGAAGAAACUGGAGAAAACCACACCAUCUUCAUUGGCCCAGUAGAAAAGUUGAUAGUAUAUCCACCACCUCCAGCUAAGGGAGGCAUCUCCGUUACUAAUGAGGACCUACACUGUCUAAAUGAAGGAGAAUUUUUAAAUGAUGUUAUUAUAGACUUUUAUUUGAAAUAUUUGGUGCUUGAAAAACUGAAGAAGGAGGACGCUGACCGAAUUCAUAUAUUCAGUUCUUUUUUCUAUAAACGCCUUAAUCAGAGAGAGAGGAGAAAUCAUGAAACAACUAAUCUGUCAAUACAGCAAAAGCGACAUGGGAGAGUAAAAACAUGGACCCGGCAUGUAGAUAUUUUUGAGAAGGAUUUUAUUUUUGUACCCCUUAAUGAAGCUGCACACUGGUUUUUGGCUGUUGUCUGUUUCCCCGGUUUGGAAAAACCAAAGUAUGAACCUAAUCCUCAUUACCAUGAAAAUGCUGUCAUACAGAAAUGUUCAACUGUAGAAGACAGUUGUAUUUCUUCUUCAGCCAGUGAAAUGGACAGUUAUUCACAAAACUCUUCUGCCAAGCCUGUAAUUAAGAAGAUGCUAAACAAAAAACAUUGCAUAGCUGUAACUGAUUCCAAUCCUGGGCAGGAAGAAAGUGACCCUCGUUACAAGAGAAACAUAUGCAGUGUAAAAUAUAGUGUGAAAAAAAUAAAUCAUACUGCGAGUGAAAAUGAAGAAUUGAAUAAAGGAGAAUCUACAUCCCAGAAAGUUGCUGAUAGGACUAAAAGUGAGAAUGGCCUACAGAAUGAAGGUUUCAGUUCCACGCAUCAUACAGAUGGCUUAAGCAAUAUCAGACUAAACUAUAGCGAUGAAUCACCUGAGGGUGGUAAAAUGCUUGAAGAUGAACUCAUUGACUUCUCAGAAGAUCAGGAUAACCAGGAUGAUAGCAGUGAUGAUGGAUUCCUUGCUGAUGACAGCUGCAAUUCAGAAAUAGGACAGUGGCAUUUAAAGCCUACUAUCUGUAAACAACCUUGUAUCUUACUUAUGGACUCACUCCGAGGCCCUUCUCGGUCAAAUGUUGUCAAAAUUUUAAGAGAGUAUUUAGAAGUGGAAUGGGAAGUUAAAAAAGGAAGCAAAAGAAGUUUUUCCAAAGAUGUUAUGAAGGGCUCUAAUCCAAAAGUACCACAGCAGAACAACUUCAGUGACUGUGGUGUAUAUGUAUUGCAGUAUGUAGAGAGCUUUUUUGAGAAUCCAAUUCUCAAUUUUGAACUACCUAUGAAUUUGGCAAACUGGUUUCCUCCACCAAGAAUGAGAACAAAAAGAGAAGAAAUCCGAAACAUAAUUCUGAAGCUACAGGAAGAUCAGAGCAAAGAGAAAAAAAAGCAUAAGGACACUUACUCAACAGAAGCACCUUUAGGCGAAGGAAUAGAACAAUAUGUCAAUAGUAUCUCAGAUUGACCAUUUCUGUUACUUGUCAGUUCUACCUUCAAAAACUAAAAAUGACUUUCAAAUUUGGGUGUAGACAGUAAAGAACUGAAGUGCUCACUACUCAGUGAUUUGGAAAUUUUGAUGCUUGUAUAAAUGUCACAUAAUUAAUUUCCAAAGGCGUAUGUAUUAAGUAAAAGUCUGUAAAUAUGUUAAUGAGGCCAAUUUUUCCAACAUUUAUAAUUAUUUUUUUCACUUGUUAGGAAGCUUUUGUUAUGUAUUUUCUGUUAAUAGUACCUAAAAUUGCAACUUCUAAACACAAAUAAAAAGAAAAUAUUUAUAGGAGGAAAUGAUUAAUUUGAUAUUCUUUAGUGAACUUGUUUAAUUCCUCAGUGGGUGUGACAUAUUUCAUGGGAAUAUUCAGAUAUCUAUGGUAAUAUUUUGACCCUUUAUAUUUGUUCUAAAAUAAGUCAAAAUGUGAAAAUAAUAUUAAAUCUAAGAUAUUUUGAACUAAGCAUCUUUAUAUGCUUGUAUAACAGGAACAAAGUAACAGCCUUUCAAUUCAGACACUGCCUUGUGUUCAGUGAACCCAAGAAAUGUAAUAAAUAUUUGUAAUUUUACACAGAUAUUUAAGAGGAAAGAGUAUUAAGAGCAAUUCAAAAAAAGUAACCUUCUACUACAAAAUAACUAUUCUUGCAUAUAUUAUCAUCAAAUGCAUUUUUGAAGACAUCAAAGACUCAGGUUAAAACUAUUUUAGUAAGUGCAGCUUGAAUUUCAAAUAUCCCGUGUUUAUAUUACAGCUUGAAGUAUGCUACAAUCUGUGUCAUACAGUUAAUAAGCAUUUUUAAUCUGUGUAAACACAGGAAUUUAAAUAGGAAUUUACUAUUUUUUGGUAAACUUUUGCUAUUUUUUCAUUGCUCAUUUUGUUCUUAUUAUUUUGAUAAAGUAUCAGACUUUUUGCUUGAGUUUUUCAGUGUAAAUUAUUUUUUACAUGUAAAAUUACUGUACUCAAUUGCAUAAUACAGGAAAAAUCUUUGAAUUCCCCUUUAAAAGUACUAAAAUUUGAUGGUUUCCAUGACAGAUUUAUAGCACAUAUAGGGAUCUUACAUAUAUCUGCAGAAACUUCCUUAUUUUUCAAAUGAAAUGAUAUAUACUUCUUUCAAAUGAACUUUGAAACUUGAAACAUAGUCAUUUUUUGUUAAAUAUUGAGUUUUUAAAUACAUAUAUCAAAAAUAGUUGAGAAUAAAAAGAAGGCCUAAUCAUCAGCAAUUACUUUAUUUUUAAUUUGGCCACCUCUGACAUUGCAAUCAAUAUCUUAGGGUAUUUUCUUGAAUUUAAUAAAGUCCCAUGGGUGUCUUCAGGGUGAAUGGGAAUGUUAACAACCAAAAAAUAUCUAUUGAGACACAAUAGAGUCUCAAUAAGAGAAAUAUUAAAAUGAAAGAAAGAUCACCAUUAGUGAUUAUCAAUUGUAGUUUGUUACUUUGAACUAUAUUUCUGAUUAUCUCUUUAUAGUAGUAACUUAGAGCUAUUAGCUCAGAUAUCUUAAUUAGCUCAGAUAGGAAAAACAAGUUUAAUUUUGUUAUUUUCUGAACAUGGCAAAAUGCUUUUCAAUUUCUAAUAAAACUGGGAUAAAAAAUUGAAGUUUUUUUAAAAAACCUAAUAGCAAUAAGCAAAAUUGGCACACAUAAUUUUUUUAAUGCACUAUAUUUUGUCAGAAUCUGAAGGUACUGAAAAACUAUUCUAAAAUGCCUACUUUUGUGUUAAUUUGUAAUGGUUACAUUUUGCACCCUUAGAUAAUGUUUGAUAAGAUAAAAAUAUAAUUUAUCCCUUGUACCAACUCAAGUCAAUCACAUUUUAACAUGAAAAAUAUAGAUUAAUGUAUGUCAGCUUUCUAGAGGUAGAAUACUCAGCUAUUUGAUGGUAUUUUUCCCACCCCAUGUGAAAUUUUAUUUUUGGAAGUUAUGCUAGUGACAUUGCAAUAUAUUGAAAUCUUUGGAGGCUGCCAGGUUGAGCUUCAAAAUUAGACUUGAGAAUCUUUGGUGUAUAUGCACAUUCACUUGAUAAUUGUGUACUCUAUGUAGUUUAAAGUGGGAUCAGCCUUUUAAAAUGUGUUAUGAGUACUUAGAAGUUGUGAAACAACUUAUAGAGGUUUGUUACUUGACACUGAAACUGCAUGACGAGUAUCUGGUGUCUUAACUAAUUAGAUAGAUCUGUUGUAUUGGUUUUCUUGUUGGAUAGAAUAACAGUUAAUCAUUUUUAGAAGAGUUUUAGAUUACUUGCCAUAAAAUUUGUAUGUGUCUCAGUUCUUGUUAGUUUAGGAGCAGAGGUGGUGUUUAGUCUCUUCCCUUUAAUGUUGCUGUACUACUUUCAGACAGCUGAAAACAAUGGUGUUAUUUCAAGUUCACAUAACCCUAAAACAGCUUUUCUUUGUGUAGUAACUUGUGCUUAAACUUUUAGUCAAUUAAAUGUAGGAGGUUUUAUUUGAAAGCAUAAAUGAUUCUCUAAAUUACAUCUUGUUUUAAGCUACCAAAAUGAAUUCAAUAAUUUUUAUUUAAAAAAAAAAAAGAUCUCUGAAAACUGUAAGACAAUGUAAGAAGAGUAGGUUUAAUUUCCCCAAAAUCAAUAAUUGUACUUAAAAUCUCAGACAAUUCACUGAACAGGAAUAAUAAAGAACAUAUUUUA